CGCGUUCAACCAGCUUUCUACCAAUACCGAGAGCGCGCAAAAGGGGACUUUUCCAUCUCUCUCGCUUUUUUGGAGGAAUUUAAAGCGCAUUUUUUUAUCAUCGUUAUUAUUAUUAUUCGAUCGGGCCAUAGAGGAAAGUAAAAAAAUACACUACUGGUUAUUUUGGAGAAAGAACAAUGUCAGCGACCUUCCCCGGACUUGUCCACGACGCAGAGAUACGUCACGACGGUUCAAACAGCUACCGGCUCAUGCAGCUCGGUUGUCUGGAGUCGGUGGCCAACUCCUCGGUCGCCUACUCCUCCUCGUCGCCGCUCACCUACCCGGCGCCUGCGGGGACGGAGUUCGCCUCGCCCUACUUUUCGGCCAACCACCAGUACACGCCCCUGCAUCACCAGUCCUUCCACUACGAGUUCCAGCACUCCCACCCAGCCGUGGCACCGGAGGCCUACGGGCUGAAUUCGCUGCACUCGGGCCAGUACUACCAGCAGAUCCACCACGGGGAGCCCACUGACUUCAUCAACCUUCACAAUGCGCGCUCGGCCCUGAAGUCCUCGUGCCUGGACGAGCAGCAGCGGCGCGAGCUGGGCUGCCUCGACGCCUACCGGCGGCAUGACUUGUCGCUGAUGACGUCACACGGCUCUCAAGCCUACGGCGUCGGCAUGCACCACCCGGACCAAAGGCUGCUGCCUGCCGCCGGCCUUGGUCUGCCUCCGCCGACGGCAGACGACCUACAGGGUUCCGUGGAGGCACAGUGUGGGCUCGUACUGAACGGCCAAGGGGGCGUCAUCCGGAGAGGGGGGACAUGCGUGGUGAAUCCCACAGACCUUUUCUGCUCUGUACCGGGCCGACUCUCGCUGCUCAGCUCCACCUCCAAGUACAAAGUCACCAUUGCUGAGGUGAAAAGAAGACUGUCCCCCCCAGAGUGCCUCAAUGCUUCCCUGUUGGGCGGCAUCCUGCGCAGAGCAAAGUCCAAGAACGGCGGCCGGUGUCUUCGUGAGAAACUAGAUCGCUUAGGCCUCAACCUGCCAGCAGGAAGACGGAAAGCUGCCAAUGUCACCCUACUCACCUCCCUGGUGGAAGGUGAGGCGCUCCACCUGGCGAGGGACUUCGGCUACACCUGUGAGACAGAGUUUCCCAGCAAGGCGGUGGGAGAACAUUUGGCGAGGCAGCACAGUGAGCCGAAAGAGACCAACGCACGCAAGAAAAUGGUCCUGGCAACAAAGCAAAUCUGCAAGGAGUUCCAGGACUUACUGAGCCAAGAUCGAUCUCCUUUGGGCUCCUCGAGGCCGACCCCCAUCCUGGACCUGGACAUCCAGAGACACCUCACACACUUCAGCCUGAUCACUCACGGCUUCGGUACGCCAGCGGUCUGCGCAGCUCUCAGCACUUUCCAGACAGUCCUGAGCGAGAUGCUCAACUACCUGGACAAAAACUCGAGUGGGAAAACGAGCGGACCCAACGAGCAACAAAUCAACAACAGCUCGGAAAAGACGCAGCUCCGGAAAACAGUCGAAUCCCAGAACAAGGACGGGAAGUCAGAAAAGACUGAGUAGCACAUCCCCCCCCCCCCCCCCCCCAACACUCACACACCUGGUUGCCGUGCCUUGGAGCGCUGAAUCUUAGGAGUGUAUCUGUGUAUGAAUGAGUAUAUGUGUGUGUGGGUGUGUGUGUGGGACUUCAUACUGGAGUAACUCCCACACAUUUUGAAUAUCUUCUUAAGGACAUAUUUAUUCCAAUUUAUUUAUCUAUUGCUUAUCUUAUGCUGAAGUCUAACACUAUUUUAACAGUCCCAAACAUGAAAAGUGAGGAUGAAAAAAUCAAAAACGAGAAUCGCCAUGGAGACUCAUCUGAAACCUUUAGUUUUUUUGGUUAUUUAUUCUGAAAAUGUUAUAUUUCUCCAGGUUAGGGUGUGAACAGCCAGCUUUACAAAGACACAUUGAUGCAUUUAUUGUGACAGACAGCAAAAACUGAAAAUGUUUUUCUGCUCUGAUAAUUGAUUUGUUCUGAAUAGUUAGGAUUAAGUGAUUGCAAAUCAUUUUCAAAUAUCUACAUUUUGCUUAAAUUUUCAAUUAAUUGAAAUUUGUAAUUCCCCGCAAUUUUAGCAAAUUAGCUCUGAAUGCAAACCUCCAAACCUCAUCCCUGCACGCAAACACCCCCAGUAACCUGUAGGAACACUUGAACUACAACAAUCUGGCUUUUAUUUUUACAGUACCAAGCAAGUCUUUAUGUCCCUUGAGUUUUUUGCACAUUGUGUCAUGUUACAACCACAAAUAUCAGUGUUUUAUUUGGAUUUUGUGUGAUAGACCAACAAAAAGUAGGACAUAAUUGCAAAAUUAAGGGAAGAAGACAUAUUUUAAUAAAGAUCGGAAAAGUGUAGCAUGCAAAUAUAUUCAGCCUUUUUGAUCAGAUGCCCCUAAAUAAAAUAUAGUACAAUCAACUGCCUUUAGACUUUACCUAUUUAGAAACUGUAGCCCACGUAUUUUUAAUUUUGUUUCAUUCUAACCUCAGCUGUUCUGUAAAGACCUCAGAGUGUUUUUAAGAGAACAGAAGUAAACAAACCGCCUCAUGAAGACCAAGAAACACACUAAACAGGUCAGGAAUGAAGUUGUGAAGAAGGUUGAAGCAGGAUUCAGUUCUUAAACAAUGCAAUGGACAUCUCAUGGAGAACUUCUCAGCCCAUUAUGUGAAAAUGGAAAGAGUAUGGCAUGACUGCAAACAACCUAUCAAGACUUGGCCAUAAUCUAAGACUUAGCAAGAAAAACAAUAUUCAAAGAGGCAGCAAAAUACCCCAUAGUAACUCUGAAAGACCUGCAGAGAUCCACAGCCAGGGCCAGAUUUGCACUGCAUAUUUUGCUUUUUAAAUGGAGACAUUAAAGGUUUUCCACACACAAUGUGGGACACAGCAACCAUGUGAAAAAUGAACUUUCUGGCCAAUAAGCAAAACAUAAUGUUUGGUACAAAACAUCGCACCUCACUCUGAACACAGCACUGUGACAUGGUGGUGGCAACAUCGUGCUGUGGAGACAGGGAAGCUGGUCAGAGUUGAUGGGAAGAUGGAUGGAGCUAAGUACAGGGCAAUCCUGUAAGAAAAACCUGUUAGAGGCUUCUAAAGAUUUGAGAGUGUGGCAGAGGUUCACAUUCCAGUAGAGAACGACCCAAAACACACAGCCAGAGCUACAGUGGAAUGGUUUGGAUCAAAGCAUAUUCAUGUGCUGGCCUUUACAAGGGCCCUGUCAAAAUCCAGACAUAAACCCAAUUAAAAAUCGGUGGCAAUAAUUGAAAAGUUAUGUUCACAGAUCCUCUUGAUCCAAUCUGACUGACCUUGUGCUAUUUUGCAAAGAAAAAUGGACAAAAAAGUUCAGCCUCAAAGUAUGCAAAGAUGGUAGAAACAUACCUUAGAAGAUGUGCCGCUGUACUCGCAGCAAAAGACAGUUCUACAAGGUAUCGACUCAGCGAGGCUGAAUACUUCUCUGAAUUUUAUCUGUAAAACAUUUUCAAUAAUGGGCAUCAUUUUCCUUCCACCUCACAAAUAUGUGCUACGUUAUGUUGGCCUAAUUUUGUGGUUGUAAUGUGACUAAAUGUGAAAAUGUGUGAGGGUUAUGAAGACAUUGUAUUUUCAAGCUGUCUGUUAACCAUGUAGAUGGCAGAAACAAUAACAAGACUCAGUAGGCUGCACUGAGGGGUGUGUGACUGUGUUUUCAGCAUGAAUGUGUCAGUGUGUGUGUGUGUGUGUGUGUGUGUGUGUGUGUGUGUGUGUUUGUUUAAGAGAGAGAGUGAAUAAAAGCAAAAGAGAAGGGUCCAACUCAGCCAUUUUGUAAAAGAGUGACUUUGCUUUGUGCAUGUCUGUCUUCGUACAUGAUCCAGAUUGCAAGUUUAGCCGACACGAGCCCUCCGACUUGCUCAUGAACAUUUGUACAGAUAUAUAUAAAUAUUUAAAUAACUUUUCUUGUAGGCUUUCGACUAUAUAAAUGUUAAAUCCCAACCUUCUAAAAUGCUGGUGUUCAAUAAAGACAGUUGUGUUCUACAGAUUUUUA